CUCACAUUGUGAACCACAACUUUCACGACCGCACCCCCCCUUCCCCGAAAUGACAGCUUAGGAAAACAAGACAAACAAACAGGGAAGCUGAAGGAAAACAACGGACUUCCACUUCGCGGAGCGCCCUGAAGGAAUCUUACCGUGCGUAAAAGGCGCACCAGCCGCGUCGCUGGGCGCGUCUCCACCCGAGCCUCUUCUUCUUCUUCUUCUUUUUAAUUAUCGUCAUCAUUAAUUUAAAAUUGAGGGAUUUUUUUCCAUCUCGGGACUGAAGACAGAAUGUUAAAAAUGACAGAGGAGCAUGACAAGUGCGUCAGCGACCAGCCCUGCAGCCCGUCGGGCACCAACAGCUCCAUGUCCCAGGACGAGUCCGACUCCGACGCGCCGUCCUCCCCGACGGGCUCGGACGGCCACGGCUCGCUGCUCGCCGGUCUGGGCAAGAAACUGGACGCCGAGGACGACGACCGGUUCCCGGCCUGCAUACGGGACGCGGUGUCUCAGGUCCUGAAGGGAUACGACUGGUCCUUGGUGCCCAUGCCCGUGAGGGGCAGCGGGUCUCUGAAGAACAAGCCGCACGUCAAGAGACCCAUGAACGCCUUCAUGGUGUGGGCGCAGGCGGCCCGCAGGAAGCUGGCGGACCAGUACCCGCACCUGCACAACGCGGAGCUCAGCAAGACGCUGGGGAAACUUUGGCGCUUGCUGUCUGAGAGCGAGAAGAGGCCGUUUGUGGACGAAGCUGAAAGGCUCCGCGUUCAGCACAAGAAAGACCAUCCAGACUACAAGUACCAGCCCAGGCGGCGGAAGAAUGUGAAGCCGGGCCAGAGCGACUCCGACUCGGGAGCGGAGCUGGCGCACCACAUGUACAAAGCUGAGCCGGGGAUGGGGGGACUGGCGGGGAUGACUGACGGACAUCACCACCCCGAGCACGCAGGACAGCCCCAUGGUCCCCCGACGCCGCCUACCACUCCGAAAACAGACCUGCACCACGGGGUGAAGCAGGACCUGAAGCACGAAGGACGCCGCCUCGUCGACAGCAGCAGGCAGAACAUUGACUUCAGCAACGUCGACAUCUCCGAGCUCAGCACCGACGUGAUCAGCAACAUGGAGACCUUUGACGUCCACGAGUUCGACCAGUACCUCCCGCUCAACGGCCACGCCUCGGGCCCGUCCGGCCUGCCCUCCGACCACGGCCACGGGCCGGCCCCGCUGCCCGCCGGCUCUUACGCUUCCUCCUACGGCAGCGGGUCGGCGUGGAGCCGCAAGGGCAGCGUGUCCUCCUCGUCUCCCCCCGGCGGGGAGGGGGGCCAGCACCGCCUCCACAUCAAAACGGAGCAGCUCAGCCCGAGCCACUACAGCGAGCAUUCCCACGGGUCGCCCUCGCACUCCGACUACGGCUCUUACAGCAGCCAGGCCUGCGUCACCUCGGCCACGUCCGCCGCCGCCGCCGCCGCAGCGUCCUUCCCCAGCUCCCAGUGUGACUAUACUGACCUCCAGAGCUCCAACUACUACAACCCAUACUCCGGCUACCCCUCCAGCCUCUACCAGUACCCGUACUUCCACUCCUCCAGGCGGCCCUACGGCAGCCCCAUCCUCAACAGUCUGUCCAUGGCGCCCGCUCACAGCCCCACGGCCUCCAGCUGGGACCAGCCCGUCUACACCACGCUGUCUCGACCUUAAGGGGGACCGCAAUUUAAAAAAAAAAACAAACAAAAAAGCAAACAAACAGAAAAAAAACAGUCCAUUCGCACCAGAGACUCAUUCAGAUCGAUGCACUACUAUUGAAGGAAGUAAAGAAGAGAUGAAGGAGAAAUGCAUGUGUGUGUGUAUGUGUGUGUGUGUAUGUAUGUGGGUAUGUGUGUGUGCGUGCGUGUUGGGGCUCGUAGGCUUCCUGUGACCAUUUGAACAUGAGACAAACAAAAAGAAAAAAAGUGCCUGCUGAUUUUAUACAAAGCUAUAUUGUUGCGAUGA